UCGCCAGUCACCAUCACCAACCACCCACCUCCUACUACCAUGCCGACCACCGACGACGUUGAGACUGUUCGCGUGGCAAUUUACGACUCCUUCGCGACAAGAGGUCGUGCUCCUACCAUUCCCGAGGUGGCCAGCUCGACUCGCCUCUCCGCUUCCACCGUCCGUGCAAGUUUCGCGGCACUACACGCCUCGCGCGACAUCGUACUCUCCUCCUUCGCGCUGACAGCAUACCAAUGCGGUGACUCGGUCGCCGACACUGAACCCCGUGCCGUGCUCAUGGCGCAUCCCUUUGCCUCCGUGCCCCUGGGGUUCAGCGUCAUGGGCGGCUCCGUCCUCUGGUGGGGCGGCUGCUGCUGGGACGCGUUCGCGCUGCCGCACCUCCUGCCCGUCCAAUCGCCUGUUCUGGUCGCGACGCGGUGCCCCGGCUGCGACAUCCCUAUCGCGAUGAACGUUGCUACCGACGCCCCGCCCAAGCCGACACCGGGCAACGAAGCCAUCGCCCACUUCCUCGUGCCGAUGGCGCGUGCGUGGGACGACGUCGUGCAUACCUGUGCGCACCAGAACUUGUUCUGCUCCGAGGCAUGCUUGGACAGGUGGCUGGAGUUGAGGGGUUACAAGAAGGGGUACGUCAUGUCCACCGACACGCUGUGGCACUUUGCAAAGGACUGGUACAGGGGCCGCCUGGAGCGGGGGUACAAGCGCCGCGAGCCGGCGCAGGCCAAGUCCUACUUCCGCAGCGUGGGGCUGAAGGGCUCGUUCUGGGGUUUGGAAGACUAGUGAACGCUCGACGGACAGCGAGCAUGGUCAGGCGGUCCAAGAUACCAUUAGUUUUACUAUUCAAGUAUGUAUGUCAUGUCACCCUAUCCUCAUUAGA